UUGAGAAAAUCUUUAAAAUACCUUUCAAGAAAUGGUAGAAGGCAUUUCACCUAUCGAGGUUACACUACUAUUGAGUCUAACAACGAUUCAAACCUUUCUGACCAUAUGGAAAAUAAACAUGACACAAAUAUCAAACCUGAUAUAUUAGAUAUGUCCCUGCAAUAUGUAAAUGAAUUUGGAUGGUCAAGGAAUGCCAUUAUUAAAGGGGCCUUAUCUUUAGGACUUCCAAGUACAAUUGAGGGUCUUUUUCAAAAGGGUGGAUAUGAUCUUAUUAAAUAUUUCAAUAAUAAAUGUGAUGAAAAUUUAUUAAUUGAAUUAAAGACUAAAAAAUUAGAAGUUAAUAAAACGUUAUCUCCAAAAUUUAUCAGUGAAAAUAUUGUAUUUCGUUUGGAAAUGCUUGUUCCCUACUUACAAAAAUUACCUCAGGCGCUACUCAUAUCAUCAUCCACUCCAUCUAAUAUAUGGGAAUCGGCUUUGAGUGUCGGCAGAAUAUCCGAUCAGAUAUGCUACGCUUCCGGUCUUAAAACUACCCAUUUCGAUUGGUACACUCAAAGAGCUAAAGUCGUUUUAGCCUACAAGUACGGAUACGCCUAUUUGUUAAAAACUCCUCCAGAGAGAGUAACGAAAAAUGAGAAUUACGCGAUCCACGAAAACCGCAAGGAUAUGACAGAUGACAUGGUUACGGUCGUCAUGCAUGACGCGUUUCGAAAAGAAUUGGGAGUUAAGAUAGAGAAAUUUUUGUGUGCCUUAGACAAUACUACGUCAAGAAUCGUUUCCGGCCCAAAAUCAGCGAUAUGUUCUUCGAUAGGCGAUCCAUGCGUUAACGGGAAAAAAUCGCCAUAUGGAAUUCGAACGUUUUUUCAAAAUCCGUACACAACGUUAACCACGAUCACAAAUUUGUUGGGUAUUCGACGCUGACACACGAAUGCGAGAAUCGAAAGCUUGUCAAAAAUUAUUAAAUAAAGGAUGUGAAUUAGAUUGAUGUUUUAUAUAAAUCGUUGUUUGUCAAAUUUUUUUAAGUGCUUAUUUAUCAUCUAUAAAUAAUAAAUAUUUGAUUAUUUAAAAAAAUAAAAUAACUCAAAAUUUAUUGGGCGGUUAUGGUUAUCACUUCGCGUGGCAUUGAUUAUUGUCCAUCGGACCGCUCUAACUAAGUCGAUUUUAGUGAAUUUGUAGUUUUCUAAGAUCUGAUCUGAACCCAGCUGACUACCCUCUUUUUCAAUUAAACUACUUUGAUAAAAAUCUAUAAAUUAAUCUAUUUUUUUUAUACGGGAAA